UGUCGCACCGCGGCUGCCCGGCCGGGGAAAGGAGGGCCCCCCGCCAGAGUGCGAUGGAGAUGGAAGAAAUAUUCUUCCAGCUCUGUGAGGAGGUCGCCAGGCUGCAGGAUCUGUGCAUCAAGCAGGGCAAGCUCCUUCAGAAGCUGACUGCCAGGAAGGGACCCAUCCUCGAUAUCCCCGUGUCGCUGCCGAUCCAGUGCACGGAGGAUAUGGUCAUGGAGGAAGGGGAAAGGCCACCGGACAGCAACCAGAAAUGCUCAGAGGCCCCGGCGUCUGCUGCCUCCGACCCGGAGGGCUCUGCUCAUCCCCUGGUGCAGCCCCAUGCUGUCGACACGCUGCCCGGCUUCGACGGCAAGUACGCACCAAGCGCUGCGAACGGCAGCGUCUUCGGCGCUGGAACUGGAGGAGCUGCUCUUGCCGUAGCUUUUGGCAGCAACAAGGCAGAGAGGAACGAGAAGGUGGAUGUAGAGACGUGGCUGAAGACCUGUAGGAUGCUUCCUACCGUGAAAGCCCCCAAGAAAGAAGUGGGAGCUUGCUGCAGCCCGCAGGAGUUGGAGGCGUCAACCCCGGUUGUUGGGGACUCCUUCCUGACUCUUCUGGACCUCUAUGAAGCCCCAGAAGCCCUUCGGAGGGAAGAUGCUCCCAGUGAAAGUGCUCUGCCUGCUGAGCCUAAAGUCCCGGUAGAGAUCCGAGGACCUGUGAAGACGUCCUGGACGCCGGGCUGGAUGCUGGAGGACGGUAUGCUCGGGCAAGGCGCUGUCCUCGCCUCCGAGGGUGCUCAGGCUUGUGACAUUUGCCAGGAGAUUUUCCCAUCGGAUGCAGCGGGCCAAGCAGACUAUUUAAAGCACGUCUUAGCCCAUUUGAAGUAGGACUCAUCUUCACGAUCGGAAAUCCAUGUAUUUGCAAUCUCGACCAGCGUGACGGCCUCCGGACCUUCAUGAGAUCCUGCCGCUGGCUUUGACUGGGGCCAGCUCAGGUGGCAAUCCUCCUGGUCCGAACUUGGUCCCUGAUGCACUGCUUGACGGGCCGGUUGAGGGCUCUGGAUGUGUUUUGGCUUGUCGAGCUUCGUGGAUAUCAAAGCAGCUUCUGUCCCGGGGUCUGGACCUGUGUGGGGCUGAGCAGGGGAGCUGUAACUCAAUGGGAAAUGGAAUUUUUUUCAAAAUUCACCUUUAACUGAGUGGAAAUGAAGUUUCCAUAAAUAGAUAGGGAUGUUUGAAAGGUCACAUUGGCUUUAUCCAAGAACGGGAAAGGUUGGGUGGGAGAAUCGGAAGGUUUUCACAGUCACUUAACCUGACUUGGCCUUUUGAGAGAGGCUGGCGACGUGAUGACAAGGACCGGAUUGCACCUUCCAGGCGUGUUCCCGGGAAGGGCAUAACCGAGAGCUCUCCUCCCUCCUAUUAAAACCUCAUCAGCUCCAGCUCAGUGAGUUAUGGGACUUUAAUUGAUCCCUCUACAGGUGGGAAGAGGUUUAUCAGCACCCAUCGGUGUGAGGUCGGCUCUCCCGGCUGUGUUUAGAGAGCGGCGGAGCAGAAAGGGGCUCCCCCAGCGCAGGGACGUGACCGACACGCGUGGUGCUGUCCCGUCUUUCUAUUAAAUCUCUUGGGGAAAACGUCUUUGGAAUGAACGGCUCUGGGAGCGGUGGGUGGGCGUGACUGGGGGAUGCAGAGGAUGCAGCUUCUGGUCCUGCGGUUUGCCCUCGAACCAGGUUUUGAUCUUGCCCUGAAUAAUAGGAGCAAGUAAUUGCGUGUGAGGCUGCCAUCCAGGCGACCAGAAUUAAGAUUAUAUUUGUUCCUUAACGUGACCUGUAGUUCGACUGUUAUAAAGCACUCUCCAUCAGUUGCUGUCCACGUGUUUCGCAAAGGAAUUCACCCGCAGAGGUGGGGAAACUGAGGCACAAAGCACGGAUUAGCUUCAAAUCCCCAAAUAAGCUUUUUUUCUUUUUUAAAAACCCCCUCAUCUCAGACCUUUGUGUUUUUCAAGUUGCAUCUGAAAUGGAUUUGGCAUCCCAUGUUUGAGGCAACUUGAAAUCGCUAGCCAGAUUCUCCUCUGCUUCCACGGAUCAGCACUAACUGCGAUCUCCAGCUCCACCAUCUCAUCUUUAGCAGCGCGGAUAAUAGUCUGACGUCAUGACUCAAGUUUCUUCCCAGAAUUGGAGCCGCGUUUAUGAAUUUGCUGUGGCCACGGCGGAGCUGCUGACAAACAUCUGCGUGUCUCGAGGAUCUCGUCCUUUCAGACGAGGCAGGGACUGAUGUGCACGGGUUGACAGCACCGUGGUCCCUGGCCAAACCCUGCCUCGCGUGGCCGAAGCCGUUUCUCCAAGGACCGUUUUCCAAGACAAAUCCUCCAGCUUCUUUCUUUAGAGCCCCGGCUUCGAGCUUGGAUCCUCCAUUUGCGCGAAUAUCGGAACUUCUGUCUGCCCUGCGCAGAAUCAGGAUUUUAUUUUGCUGAAGGUCAAAGUGGGUUUUCUGACAUCACGGUGCAGCUUUCCCGUUGGCAUCUCCAGCUCCAAAUUUCCUCCUCCGGCUCCUCAAAUUAAUUAGGCAGUGGGAUUGUUUUAUAGUGUUUUGUGCUCUUCUAUAGGGCCUGGAAGAAAAUAAUGCUUCCUAGCAUGCUGCGUUACUGGAAACGCCAGAUCAGAAAGCGAGUCGGAGCAAGAAGAGCCAUAAAUUUAUUUGGUAUGAAAUUGUUACAACCAUCCAGAAUUUGCCGGAAGGAGGAAAACCAGCCCGGUUCUUCUUGCUUUGAGAGCACGUCCGGUAAAUUUAAUUUAAAAAUCGCAAGCACAGAUGGCUUUUCUCAAGAGUCAAAGCAACCGUGGCGCAGCACUGGCUUCCACGAGCGGCCGUGCUGAGGCAGCUGUGCUGGGUGAGGCACCGUAUCGCCCCAAACGACAUUAAAAUAUCACGUUUGGGGUCACUUGUGAUGAAAUUUUGCGCUGACGCUCCAUCCCUGGUGACUCGGGAUGGUCGAGCAGUUGAAGUUCAACAAACUUAACUUCAGUGCUUGGCCUUUCUCAACGUGCUUCGUUAUAUUUUUAGAUGUCGCGUUGUACGGUGCAAUUAGUCACCCCCUUCCCAGCCAGAUGGUCCACAAUGACACAGGAGCUUCUUUUUUUAAUCCAGCACUUUCCAUUGGCGUGAACGCGCCUCUGCUUCCUAAAUAACCUUAAAUAUAGGGUGCUUAACU